AUGCCUCCGGAGCGCACAAUUCGGCGCCAAGAGCCUGCAAGCUGCGAGAGCUGCCGGAAGAAGAAGCUCCGUUGCGACCGCGGUCUGCCCUGCCAUAAUUGCCAAACGCGUAGUAUACAAUGUGAAUACCAAGGUCGCCGGCCACCAACCACCGUUGAACAACCGAGCCAUAUCCCGUCCUCUUCACAGCCCGAUCUUGCUGCCGAAAAUGCUACGAUCAAGGCGCGGUUGGCAAGGCUUGAGGAAGCAGUUUACAGGAAUGGGUUCGCGACUUCGACGCCACCGUCAGCCGUCUCUGAGGCAGCACCUGUAUCAUACAAUGCCGGGCUACGGUCUCCAGUCACGCCGCAAGUCAGCUCGCCCGAGCCGGAGCACGUCAAGGGUUAUUGCGAAGAUUCCAAAUGGCUUGACGUGGUUAUGGUUGCUGGAACCGGACAGCUGCCGUACCUGGCCAGAGAUACGCACGUUGAAAUUUUGCCGCUGAAUCAGAUCACUGCUAUUGUCGGCUCAGAGGUUCUCUCCAAGGGCUCACUCCCGGCUCGGAUCAUGUUGCCAUCACAGGACCAGUCGCAAUAUCUUUUCGAGUGCUACAACGAAAGCCUUGACGCUCUACAACAUGUUAUAUACGUUCCAACGGUCAAGCGCAUCAUCGACUCACUAUACGAAACGUUCGACACGAAAGUGCCGCACUAUAGUCACGUGGUGUUAUUGCUAGCAAUCCUUGGCAGCAUCGCAGCCUUUUGGGCUCUUGGCAGUCCGGAGAAGACUCUUUUUGCUUCGCAACAAGAGGCUCUUGCGAUGUCCAAAUAUUGGCUCAGGUGUACGCUCGACAUAUCAGAACAGUGCUGGCGGACCAGUAAGCCGGACCUGGAGUUUGUUCAGGGCAAGAUCAUACUGAUGUUCGUAAUUUACCAUCUGGAAGGCUUCACGCCACAGGCCCGGUAUCUGCACGCUUCGGCAAUUGCUAGUGCAAGGGAAAUAGGCUUGUUUGUGACGGACGGCCGACAAAGGAAAGUUCGUCAAGAGACUCAAGCGCAGAUUAUAGACCUCGAAUUCAGACGAAGGGUAAUGUGGCACCUUGCCAGUACAGAUUGGAGCAUCGCGGUCGGCGGUAAUCCUGACGACGGCCUAUACUCUGUACAGCCCGAUCAAUUGACCGUCAACAAGCCUCGGAACAUCAACGAUGAUGAUUUAGUGACGCAGCCUGCUAAUUUCGAACGUCCACUAUCGGAACUUACCUCCUGCUCAUACUACCUACGACGUAUCAAGCUUGGCGAAGUGUGCAGGGAGGUUGCUGAUCUCAUGCGGGAGAUGUACGCUGUACCUAUCGAGCAGAUUCCGUACGAGCACAUUAUCCACCUUGAUAAUAAGUUCUCGGCUCUGCUCGACAGCCUACCAGUCGAUCUACAACUUGACAAUCUCAAGCUCUCGUCAAACGAUCUAAGUGAUGUGCCUCGUCCACUUAACGUGAAGCAAGCAUACUUCACUUUCCUAACGGUCGAGGCCAGACGAUGUAAACUGCACCUCCCGUAUUUACUACGUGUCAAGCAAAACAACAGAUACAAAUACUCGCGCAGCGUUUGCUUACAAGCGGCACGGAACAUUCUACGGCUUCGGCAUGUACAACCUACCAGCAGCACAAGCCCUGGAAACAAGAUCACUGUGCUUGGAAUCCUCUGUCACUUCUUUGGCGCGCUGGUCGUCUUGGUCAUGGACAUUUGCGUCAAUCCAGAGCCAGAGCAUCACGAAGAGCGAAAAGCCGAGAUACGAGACGCCAGCACUAUCUUAGAAGAAGCGAAGGGCACUUCAAAUGCUGCACAUAUGUAUCACGACUCGCUCAUGGCAAUGCUGAAGAAGUACAAUGUCUGCCAGCGUCAUGAGCAGGGCCGACUGGAGCCUCGCAACAGUGCGUUACCGAAUGCGAAGGGCGAAGAAGCGAUAUUCAGGGAGCGCGAACCGAGCAUUCAGCCGAUGGAUCUGAACCCAGACUUUGACAUUGAUGACCUAUGGCAGAGUACCUUCGACUUUGGCGCAGAUAGCGAUCUACUGUUGUGGACUAACUUGCUUACUGAGCUUGAACAGCCUGUCGCUUGA